AUGGCGUGGUAUUUGAUAGAAGCAGCAUUGCCGUUAGGAGUGAUAGCAGGAAUGCUUUGUAUAGCGGGUAACAUUCAGUAUGCCGUUCACAAAAAGGCUCAUGGCCGUCCGAAGCAUAUCGGAAAUGAUAUGUGGGAUGUCGCCAUGGAAAGAAGGGACAAGAAGCUCGUCGAGUCUGUCUCUGCUCCUUCUCCCAAUUAG